AUGCUACAAUUAUUAUAGUAAGUCGAAGAUGCUCGAGUGCUUUUAAACAAUAAUUCAAAAGAUUAACCAAAUGAGACGAGAUAACCCGUUUGCGAUAAUUAAUUUUAUAUUUUGUUAUAUUACUUAGUAGUUAUAUCUCGAAGCGAGAUAGAUAAAUGACAGUUUGGCAAAUGAAUGAAUGGACGCACACUUGAUAUGAGACUAUUUUUGCAAGUGACAUGCAGAUUUUAAUCUUUGGGCUAAAAAUUAGUUAAGAUCAACGUUCGUUGGCGGAAAGUGUCAUUUGUGCGAUGUAGCGUGAACAAAAUACACGCACAGAACACUCCUGAACAAUAUAUUGUUUAUUUCGUGAAAGCGAAGUGCUGAAUACUUUGAAAUCUGCAAAUUAAAUAAUAGAGAAAACAAAUGUUAUUAAGUGUGAAAUUAAUUUAAUUAAAUAACAAAAAACAUAAGAGAUAAAUAAUUAAAAAUAUAAAAGCAUUCAUAAUACACUACCUGAAAUAUGGCUGAUACGCAGGACUCACCAGUAGUCAUGAAUAAUGUCCAAAAGGACAAUAAAGAUAGAGAGGAAAAUGAUAAUGAGGAAGAUCUUGAAGAUGCUCAGACAAAAUUACUGGACAAUGGUACAGUGAAGACAAAUACCAUUUUGAAUGGUUUAAAAAAUGGCGAAAAAACUGAGCAGGAUCGCUCAAUGACCGAAGAUAUUAACAAAUUAUUACGAGAUAUGCCAUUGACGGAGGAUAUGACAUGUGGUUUUUGGAUUUUUAAAGGAACAUUUUUUCAAAGAUUCGCCAAUCAAACGGCUUAUGUGGUCCUUUACGGUCUCGUAGGUUGUGUUUUUGCUAUGACGUACGCCUAUUUCAAUGGCACGAUUACGACAAUCGAAAAACGUUUCAAAAUUCCAUCCAAAAAUACAGGUAUAAUAUCGGUCGGAAAUGAUAUCAGUCAGAUGUUAGUAUCAGCUGUGUUGAGUUAUUAUGCGGGCAAAGGCCACCGACCACGUUGGAUAGGUUUUGGUUUGCUGACAAUUGUGAUAUUCUGUGUUUUAACUGCUGCACCGCAUUUUCUUUAUGGUCCCGGUCAGGAUGCUCUGGCGCUAACAGCUGAAUUCGGUGCUGUGCCCGAUGAGAAUACGACAAUGGAAGUACUGGAAAAACAACGUACAAAAUCGCUAUGUAAACUCACAGGUGGCAGUGCAGAAUGUGAAAUGGGUGAUGGCAACUUUGCACCUCAAGUUGUGUUAUUCGUGGCACAAUUCAUAUCUGGGAUUGGUGGUUCAUUAUAUUACACGCUGGGUGUAUCUUAUAUGGAUGAUAAUACGAAAAAAUCGAAAACCCCUGCAUUGUUAAGUCUCUCAUAUUUCUUGCGUAUGUUGGGUCCAGCUGUCGGUUAUGCUCUAGCUUCAAUAUGUUUACGUAUCUUCAUAGCACCACAAUUUAAGCCACUCAUAAAUGAUAAAGAUCCACGUUGGCUGGGCGCUUGGUGGUUGGGUUGGUUAAUACUUGGUGGUAUGCUAUUUAUAUCUGGUAUAUUUCUAUCCAUGUUUCCAAAGGACUUGCCUAGAGCGGUGGCACGUCGCAUGGUAGAAGAAGAUCGUCGAAAAAAGCGUGCAUCCACUAAAGAGAAAGAAGUAGAUGGAUCCAUUCUAACAACAAAUCUCGAUGAAAAGGUGGUUAUCGAACCAAAAGCUUCUUUGGGUGAUAUGAUGAGGACUUUCAAACGUUUGCUUACCAAUAAAACUCUUAUGUAUAAUAAUUUCUCUUCCGUAUUUUACUUAUUUGGUUAUACACCCUAUUGGAUAUUCUCACCGAAAUAUAUUGAAAUACAAUAUAGACAAUCGGCAGCUACUUCAAGUAUGGUAACUGGUACGGUGGGACUUGCUUUCUCUGCUGUUGGUGUACUUUUAUCUGGUUUUGUUAUAUCCAGAUAUAAGCCACGUGCACGCUACAUGGCAGCUUGGAAUGUUAUAGUGGGUUUUCUAACAGUUGCUGGUAUUUUAUGUUAUUCUAUGAUUGGAUGUCCCGGCAAUGAACAGUCUAUAGUAGUUAACAAUAAUAAUGGUGGUCUCGAUAGUGGUCCAACAUGUAACUCAGCAUGUCACUGUGAUUAUGUGCGUUAUUCGCCAGUUUGUGGAGAGAACAAUAUGACCUAUAUAUCACCCUGUCAUGCGGGCUGUAAGAAAGUACAUAUUGGAAACAAAGGGAAAAAGAUUUUCUACGACUGCUCCUGCAUACCAACUGGUAGUAAAAAUAGUAGUGCUAAACCUAUAUUCGAUCUCCUGACCAUUUCGGAACUAACAUUAGCGCAAAAUGAAACAAGUUGGUUGGAGAGCUCAACACAAAGUUCUUCGCUAACACAACCUAAUCCUUCGUCUUCAUAUUUAGAUUUUCUAACAGCUGGUCAGGCGAUACCCGGUUCUUGUCCCGUAAACUGUUUCACUCAGUUUGUAUUAUUUUUGUCAGUGAUGUGUUGUCUGAAAUUUAUUGGAGCAACAGGUAGAGCGUCCAAUUUCCUUGUCUCUGUACGUUGUGUGCCUGAAAAAGAUAAAACAGCUGCUAUGGGCUUUGGUAUGAUGAUGAUGUCUAUGUUGGCUUUUAUACCAAGUCCAAUAUUCUUCGGUUGGGUGCUGGAUCGCCUGUGUUUGGUUUGGGGUAAAACAUGUACAAAUAAUGGCAACUGUUGGUUGUAUGAUCCGCAAUCACUAAGAUAUACACUCAAUAUAACUGCCGCCAUAUUCAUUACUAUAGGUGCAUUGUUCGAUUGUGGUGUCUGGUAUUAUGUUAAGGACUUGAAGAUUUUUGAUGAAGAAGUCAAGGAUGUCGAAAUGGAAAUUGUUCAGCAUGAAGAAGAAUUGAAUUCAGAAAAGAAAACAGAAGUUUAAUUUAAUAAUACUUCUAUAAAUUAUAUUAAGUAGAUUCCUUAUAUAUGUAUUUUAUUGUACGUUUGUGUGUAUUUGUUUGAAUGUGUUUUUGUGUAUGUGUGAGAAUU